AUGUCGGGAAGCGAGAAAUCAAAAGCCAACUUGACUUCUCAUGUCAGUUUGUUCCCAGCACCACCUUGGCAACUGAUAAAUAAACUCUUCAGUACCGAGACCCCUCCACGCCCACCUACCCCUCCUGGUUCAACUGCUUACAGAAUGUUCGGAAAUUUUUACAACUCUGAAGAUGCCAUCCUCCGAUCUCUGGAAUCACAAGGUGUUCGUCGAGUUUAUCCACAGACGUAUAAUCGUAAGCGGGAGUUAAGAAAAAUUAAUUUUUCAAUAUUGGCUAACUAUUUGGAUUUGUUGGACAUCAUCACUCGUGAUCCUAGUUCAUGUAAACGAGCAGAAAAGCUUGAUCAUUUGGCCAUUCUAUUCAUUAAUAUGCAUCAUCUUGUUAAUGAGUACCGACAACACCAAGCCAGAGAUUUACUUCGAGAAAUUCUUAAAUAUCAGGUUAACAUAGGAGCAGAAACUGUCGAAAAGGCUGAACAGUAUUUAACACGAGCAGACGAACAACUCAGGAUAGCAGCUAAUGAUCUUAUUGUCCCUGGUACACCAGUUUCAACUUCUAAUAGUUUUAAUCUCAUGGACAAUCUACGGAAUGGUCUGAAUGAUCUAGGCCCCGAGUUGGCUCCCUUAUUACAUACGGUGCUUGAUGAGACACUAGUAUCUAAUCCUGUUGGUCGGUAUUUGCAACCUAAGCAAGGAUCUAUAUCCCUUCCAAAUCAAUCAUUGGAAUACUGUUCUGUCAAUGUGAACAAUCCUGAUGAUUAUCGAAUACCUGAUCACAUUGAUAUGGCUCUUGGGAUUUUCUAUUUCAAACUAAAGAUGAUCCUGAAAUGGAUGUUAGCUAG